AUGUUCUUGGACCUGAACAUGUCGCAGAAUCUGGCCAACUCAAAAGGCCCGCUCCAGAGAGCACCCCAGCGGAACCGGCAUGGCCCGAGGAUGAUACUGGCUUGUUUAAACUGCAAGGACCGAAAACUCAGAUGCGAUGAACAAGUCCCUGCUUGUAAUAAUUGUCGACGUUUCGGCAUCGUUUGCUUGGUGGAGGAUCCAGCAACAAAGCGCCACCAGCCUCGGAACUAUCUUGAGACUUUAGAGCACCGGGUGGCACAGCUAGAGGGCAUUCUCCAACGGCAGAGCAAUCAUGAUGCCAGCCAUGGGGAUUCACAUCACGAACUCUCUUUAUCGGAUCUUCCCUAUGACUUUAUGAUAGGUGCUGCCACCUCAGAAGAUGCGCCUCGCUAUGCUUCACAGUCCCUCCCGCCGGCCGUCGAAACGCAGGAAUCACUGGAAAUGAAUGAUUUAGUCUCGAAAGUGGGUAUGCUGAAUGUCGCUGCCGGCGCAGAACCUCAUUACCUGGGGCCUUCCUCCGCUGUGAAUUUCUGCAGAAUAAUCAGCCCGGCUCUUCUUCAAGCAGUCCCCAGGCGGCCUGACUCAGGGCUCGGGCAGCAAUCCGAACCGGCCGUUCCAUACGCGUGUCCGUUUCCAGAUGCGAGGACUUGUCUGCAAAUGAGCGACGCAUAUUUCCAACAUAUUCACCCUCAAUACCCCUUUCUUCAUGAGCCUACGUUCAGGGGCUGGGAAGCGAAGCUCUUCUUAUCGGAAGCCCCUGACCCUUCGGAUUUGGAUUCGAAGUCCACGUUCUUUCUUUAUAUGCGACUCUGUGCUUCUGCCGAGCUACAUGUCCAGGAUGUAUUGCGACUUGAAUGCCUGGAGACUGUCCAAGCGUACUUGUGCUACGCAAUUUACUCCCUUCGGUCGCCCACUGGGACGUCAGUGUGGAGAUUCUCGGGUCUAGCAUUACGCCAGGCCAUUGAGCUUGGGUACCACAGACAUGGAAGCGUCCUGGGGCUGUCUACUGGGACUCUACGUUUCGAACUACGCAAGCGAGCAUUUUGGUGUGCGUGGACAAUUGACACCGUCGCCGCAACGGUCUUGGGCCGACCGCUCUGUCUGCGUUCUGAAGAUGUGGACUGUGAACUUCCUUCCGAUAUCGAUGACGAAUACAUCACCGACCUCGGGAACACGGGACAGGCGCGAGGUGCAAAUAACCCACCCACGCGCAUAACCAAGGGGCUUUUCACUUUUCGGUUACGUAGGCUUUGGGCGAGAAUUCACGCCAGCCUAUACUCGGACCUGUCUUUAAGCAAUCCUUCUCACCCAACAUACCAAGCCCGAGUGGCUGGCUUUCGAGACGAGCUCGAGAAGUGGCGAGCCUCGCUACCGUUUGUGACACUGCAAAAAGAUGAACCACGGUGUCUGUUCACCAGCUCCUACUGGGACAUCUUCGAAGCCCUUGCGGCUCGAACCAUGACAAUGUUGGUUGAAAAGAGCCAAGAGAAUCUUCCUCUGCCUGUUACAGGAUCGGAAGCGGAUCUGCUGGAUCCAGCAAUGUUGCUACAGUGGAAAGCCGAUAUUUUCAGUCAAGGGAUGAGCAGUAGCUUUGAGGAAUUGCUGAAUGGUUUAAUCCACGAUGUACCACACUGA